AUGUCCUUCGGUUUCUCAGUUGGAGACUUUAUCCGAGUUUUCGAGCUCGCAAGGGACACCUAUCACGACUGUCGACAUGCUCCGUCCCAGUUCCAAGACGCCGGCCGCGGUGCUGACAGCCUGCGCAUUGUCCUGGAGGGCAUCCACGCAGAAAUACGAAACCCGAGCUCCAUCCUUCAUCGAAAUGAGCGCACGGCUACCGAUUUCGCCAUGUGUGCGAAGCGUUCACGGGUUGGCGGAAACCUCAGCUCUAUCUUAUCGGAUCACUCAAACGAUGAAAAAGGCGUAUGGAAGGAUCUGCGAUCCCGUCUUAUAUCUGAGGGUAUCAAAAGUCGGUCCAUCACCGAGAACGAGUCCGCGAUCGUCGAAAGGAUUCAAGAACUC